CGACGAUCAGCAGUAAGACAUUUUGUUCAGCGAAAUGGUGAGAAAAACCGCGAAUCCGCCGCGAUCCCCCACGAGGAGUUCAAAAAAGCCAGGCAAGGAGCACAAAUCGGUGAUCAGCCGAUUUGCAUUACCUUUUUUUCAUAAUGAGCUGGCCAAACUGAAGCAACACAUGAGAGACCAACACAUCGCAGCUAUAAACAUGACACCAUUCGGGCAUUUUCUGGAUUGCCCGAAAAUGAAGUUUCCAUGGCACCGACUUGUUGCCCUCGUCAAUAGCUUCAGUUCGGAAUCUAUGUCCUUCAAGAUUGGAAGUGACAUUGAGCUUCCGUUUGAAGUUGAAGAAUAUUCUGUAGUCUUAGGACUACACGCGAAAGGAGUCUACGUGACCGAAAAUACAUCGGUCGAAAGCGAAUGGUUUGUUCGAAUUUUUGGGAGCAAGCCACGUUCUGUAACCCGCGGGCAGGUGUUGCAGAAGCUGCGUGAGGCUCUGUUGCAGGGGCUGGAGCCUCUUUCUGUUGCGGAUGUUGCUCGUCUUUUUAUUAUGUUUGUUUUUGCAAAUAUUUUAUUUUGUUCUGCGAAUUAUUCUGUACCCCUUUUUUUGUUACCGUAUGUGGAAGACCUGAGUGCGAUUGGUGACUACGCGUGGGGACCCGCGAGUCACCGUUAUCUGUUGAAGUCUAUAAGCGACUUCAAGUCCGGGAAAAAAUAUUUGACAGGCUGCACCGCGGGUUUGUUGGCGUGGUUCAAUGAGAGGGUCCCAACUCUGGACAAGGCACGGUGCCUUCCGAAGGUACCGCGUCUCUUUCGGUGGCUGAAUAGCCUCGGUCCAAUGUCCAGGGCUCAUGCAGUUGAUGAACUGACUUCCGUAAAGCGGUCCGAUGUUCAGGAAUUCUAUCGGAUAGGCACGGAAGAAAAGUUCGUUCGUGCAAUUUGUCAUGCUUCAGAGGAAGCAGCGCAGCAAAUUGCGGCAUUGAAGGUGGAGCUGCGGAAGAAAGACACUGCAAUUGCCAGACUUGCUCAUAAAUUACAAAGAUCUAGAGCCGGUGUUGUCGAUGACGACAGUGAAGGUGAGGGUGAGGACGAGAGCGAUGGCGAGGAGGGUGAUGCAAACUAUGGGGAUGAAGAGACAGCAGACCGGAUGGCUGUGGAGUCUGAGAGGAAAGAGAAGCAGGCCGACAUGGAGGAGAAGCAAGGUCAGGAGGAGGAGAGUCAGGGUGAAGAGGAGGAGGAGGAGGAGAAGGAGGAAAAAACUGGGGAGGAGGAGGCAGACUGA